AUGGAAGUUGCCAUUAAUAAAGAGGACGCUACAGAAAAUGCCGAAGCUGGUAGUGCUAGUGCUACAGAGUUAGCUGAAAGCGCUAGCACGUUAGAAAUCCAGCAGGCUUCGACAGCGUCAAACCACCAAAAUUGUGAACUUGUUGAAAAUAUUGAGCCUAAAAUACCAGAGAAACAGCCUGAAAUUCGACUUGAUAUUCCUUUGACGAGUCGAUAUAAUAACAUAGUAUACUUUCCCGAUCUACUAAAGGAAGCUGGCUUUACAAUUGCAAAAACACCUCCGCGUUAUAUAUCAGGCUCAGAAACACCAGGUUCAGAAUCACCGCAAUCAGAGUGGUCAGAUUUCGAAACUCCCGACGAUUUUCGAACGCCAACGCCCCCAACAGCAAUUGAUUUGCCACGUGCUUUUCGUGAUGAAAGCGAUGAAUUCUUUGAAAAAAUCUUGGAGAACGCGGAAAAAUAUGCCGCAGGCGAAGAGGAAAAAACUCGUAAAAAAAAGAGAAGAAUUAUAAAGAAGGAACAACAAUAUGAUGUGAAUGAUCCAUUCAUAGAUGACAGUGAAUUGGCUCCAUUACAGCGCGAUUACGGGAAAGUACGUCCACAAAUUGAAGGGUUUUUUGUAUGGAAUGGACCAUUGGUAUUAGAAAGAUUGGUUGAUGAAGAUGAGCCAGUGCCUAAGAAGAAAGCAUCUGCUAAACGUAAACCAAAAACCUCUGAAGCCGACGGUACACCAAAAGUUAGGAAGGCACGUACUGUCAAAAAAACGGAAGGUGGUAGUGAUGGAAAAGGCAAGGCUGCUGCUCCAAAAAAGAGAGUAUCGAAGAAGUUGAAAACUGCGGGUGAUAUCAGCCAAGAAUCGUCGUCUGUGAAUGGAGGAGCUCACAAUGGAAUCAAUCCCUUGAAUCAUUUACAUAUUGAUCCUAGUUCAAAUACACAGAGUACGAAUGUUUCCACAGUAGGUGCGAGCAAUAAUAAUCUUCAUACAUUAGCGCAUCAACGAGAUUCAUCAGAUCCUAAUAAACCUCCGGGGAAAAGGAAAAAAGUUUAUCCAGUGGAACCCGUUCAUCCAGAUGUUCAAUAUCUUUUAGAUAUUUUCAAACAACAAGUAGACAAAGAAUCUUUUGAGGUCAAGUCCAGAUUUCCACAGAACCUUAAACCUCCUUUGAUGGAACUUCUCUCAAGGGCUUAUGAACUUAAUCAAUUCAACGAAAAUCUUUUUAAAGUGUUAACCAACAUGUUACCAUAUAAUAAAUUCACAAUAACGCGACUUUGUCAAAGAACUUUAUAUCCAAAAGCUUUGAUAGAGUUACAAAAAAGAAAGUUAGAAUUAAUUGAGCGUUUAAAGAUUGCAAUAGAUGAAAUCAUGCCCUCUUUAUUACAAGAAUUCGACGAACGAAACACAUCUUUUUCUUCUUCAGUACCGAUAAAUGGUGAUAACAAUAUUGAAAUAGAUUCCAAAACAGCAAAUGGCAAGAAAUUUCGAUGGGAUGAAAACACAAGGUUUUUAUUGUGGCAAAUAGUUCAAGAAGAAAUGGCAUGGGUUGUAAUGAGUAAUUGCCUUGCCGAGGCUGAAGAAAAAUCCGAAAGACAUUCUGAGCAAACUAUGCGAAAAAGUUUAUACCAAGAUGUAAGUAAAAUAGUAGUCACAUUAUUUUAUUGA